AUGUUGCGACAGAUCGAAGGUGUCAGGGCCAUCACGAAUUCCCUGGCAGACGAAAGCACAAGGCAGCAAGUCUUAUGUGCUCAGGCUCACUCGUUGCUCCAGCAGCUGAAGGCCACCGUCAUCACGGGUGACAUGGUCGAGCAGUGUACGAGGGCAAUCCAAGAGUCGCCAUUCACGGACAGUCAGAAGGACACCUUCCUCACCGCACUCAGCGAGAAAGUCUUGCAGAGUGGAGGCGACGGCAAGAAGGUGAAAAAAACCACCCAGGAGCUGGAGGACAUCGGUCCUUUCCUGAGUGAAGAGGACGUGCAGUACCUGACCAAGACGGAGCUGAAUAACCUUGCCAAAGUGACUCGGUUGGCCGAGGUAUAUGCAAGAGUAGGAUGCACGAAUCCCACAGAGAAUACAUGUGGGAAAGCGGUGUCCUUCCUGAAGGAAUACAUGCAUGUGCCGGGCCUCACGGAUCCACCGACGUUUCUAAAGUCGGUCCAGACUUUCAAGGUUGCUCUGAAAUCAGCAGCGAAAAAGGUACCGGCACCAUCCAUGCACAUUGCGAAGUUUACCACCCCGGAAGCUCUACCGGAUGAGGUUGCGAAGCGGCUCUUUGCAGAGAGCAAGCCAUCGGACAUGCAAUCAGGACCUGUGGCGAUUUACGGGCCGUUGAGAAAGUCACACAAAAGCAUCACUGGCGGCACUACCUCUACGGCUGCCCCCUCGUCCUUUCAGCAUGGCAUGAUGGGCGGGAUGAUGGCGGGCAUGCCCAUGAUGCCAUCGAUGAUGCCUAUGUCUGUGCAUGGUUCGCCCGUGAUGAGCAUGCAGCAAAUGAUGCAGACAUAUGCACAGCAGUAUGCACAGCAGUGCCUUGGACAGCAAGGGCCGAGAGGAGGAUCCUUGCCCAACCUUAUCUUCUUCAAUCAGGGUGGCCAGCAAGGGCAUCAGAACCAAGAGUCCUCCAAUCAGCCCGGACAGCAAGCUACGGUGCUUCAAAAGCAGCUGACUGGAGGGGAUCAGCAGUCGGCUCCAGGUGGAGAAUUGGUUCCGUUCACUCAGCCACAAGGUGCUAAACAAAGUGAGCCCCGUGUGCAGCAGAACCAGUCCGAGACGAAGCUCCCCAUGACGGCAGCCGCCCAAGCUGAGGCGAUGUUGGAUGCAUGGAACAAUCGCAAGCAGCUAGAGAAGGACGACAAGGAGGACAAGGAGGAUGAUGAGACGAUGAUGAAAAGGCCAGCCGCUGCCAUGAAAGCAAAGCCGAAGGCCAAGUCCACCAUGAAGAAAGUGCAGGCCAAGGCCAAGGCCGGCAAAGCCGCCGCGAGUCCGAAGCAGAAGGCGGCACCAAAGGUCGAGCCGCCCAAGCAUGUUCUCAAGAAGAUGCCGAAGCAUGAAAGGGCGAAGUACAGAUCCUCCAUCAAGCGAUCUCGGGAGGAGGACCUUGCAUCUCUCACCGGUGUCUUUGGGCCUUUGGUGCAGAAGAUGGAGGUCCCGGUGGAGGGCAAGCAUGACAAGAACAUCGUGGUGCCAUACAUACACCCAGCUUCCUUCCUGAAGCACGUCUUCAGCCUUGCUCCGUUGUGGGAUUUUUUGCGACAGGAGGUCUUGCCACACAAGGAGAGACCAUCCUAUGGUCGCCCAUGGGGUCUGAUUUUUUAUGCUGACGAAGUCACCCCAGGCAACACCCUGAAAUCCAACAAUUCUAGGAAGAUGCAAUGCAUAUACUGGAGUAUAUCCGAAUUGGGAAGUCGCGGUUUGUCGUCCGAGGCAUUAUGGUUUCCAUUAACCUGCCUACGGUCGCACCUGUGUUCUUCCAUCGGCGGGUUGACAUGCUUGUGGCGACUCAUGCUUCGAUUGUUUUUCACAGAGCACGAUAUGCGAAAAGGCAUCCUGGUGGACACUCCUGAAGGAGACCAUUUCCCCAUGUUCUUGGACUUGAAGAUCUUAGUCGCAGAUGAGGCGGCCAUUAAGCAGUCCAUCGAGGGAAAAGGUGCAUCAGGCACCGUCUUCUGCUGCCGAUGCAGCAAUGUGGUUGCUGCCAGAAGUGCUGUGAGCGACAUGCGAUCUGAGUUCGUGUCCAGCUUUUGCACUGAUUAUUCCAAAUUUCGUUUGCACACCAAUGCGACGACUCGGGAUUUCCUGGCAUUCUUGGAUGCACAGCACGGAACUAUUAGCAAAGCCCACUUCGAGGCCUUGGAAAAAGCCCUGGGAUUCAACCUUCGAGUGCACGGGUUGCUCAUGGAUGACAUCAUAGGACACAAGGUGCCUGAGGCCAUCAUGUUUGACUUUUUGCACAUAUACCUCGUCCAUGGCAUCGUUGGAAAUGAACUGGGCUUCUUCUUCGGCAUGCUUCGCGAUGCAGGUUUCGGCGAGGAUCAACUCAGAGACUUUGUAUCCAGUUUUCGGUGGCCGAAGCAGUUCGCCCCACCCGAUGCAACACGGGUUUUUGCAAAACGGGAGAAGAAAACAUCUGCUGUCAAGGCUGAGGCUUCUGAACUCCUGAAUGCCCUCCAAGUUUUGCGAUUCUUUGUCUUGAAGUUUGUCAUGAAAGCAGCGAGCAGUCCGGACACGGUCCAGGCAUGCAUGUGCUUCCUGUUGCUGUGCAAGGUCAUAGACAUGCUUCACGAUGCUGUGCGAGGACGUGCUGUCGACCCGAAGGUCCUUCACGUCACGAUCGUCAAACAUUCGAACUGCUUGCUAGAGACCUAUGGCGAAGAUGUAUGGGUUCCAAAGAACCAUAUGUCACUUCAUCUAGGUGAGUUUCUUGCAAAGUUCGGCCACUUGGUCUGGUGUUUUACACACGAACGUAAACACAAAGUCGCGAAGCGCUUCGCCAACCAAAAGCUGGAUGGCUCCAGGGGCUUCGAGGACAGUGUCCUGAAGGAUGUCUUGGCGGUGCAGUUGAACUGCAUGUCUGCAGAGCUUCCAUCCUCGAAGGUGCGGCUCAUGAACCCCAAGCCGGCCCCGAAGAAGCUCGUUGCUCUCGUGGAACAGGUCAUGCCACUUGCAACGGGGACCAUUCUUCAUGACCUGCGGGCCAUGCAUGGUGGUGGGUUCGUCUGUACCAAAGGCGAUGUCGUGGCUUUUGAUGCUACGUCUGUGGGCCAGGUGCAGUUUCAGUUCCAGGCGGCAGGCCAAGUCUGGACUUGUGUCACACCAUGGAAGCACGUUCACGAGCACAUGUUUGAGUCAUGCACAGACCUCGACCCCUUCAUCACGGCAACAGACAGCAUCCAAUCGUGCUGCAUCUAUUCGGAGAAGGAUGGCAGGCAAAGCCAUCGUUUUGGUCUAGCCGCUAGCCGAACAAAAUGCAUACGAGCAAGGUGCCCUGCAUGCGAGUCUCUUUCAUGA